UGUCCCCUUUCCAUUUCCCCAGAGCUUCGGAAAAUGGGCAGUCUUCCCACCGAACCAUUCCUGCCACUAGACCCUGACCACUUCACCACAGAAUCCAAAGCCGUCGUCGACUUCAUCGCCGACUACUACCGCCAAAUAGAGCUCUUCCCUGUUCGCAGCCAAGUAAAGCCCGGCUAUCUCCAUGACCGCAUUCCAAACACACCCCCCAUUCUCUCCGAACCCAUCACCACAAUCCUCCACGACAUCAAAACAGACAUCUUUCCCGGACUAACCCACUGGCAAAGCCCCAAUUUUUAUGGCUACUACCAAGCCAAUGCCAGCACUCCCGGUUUCACCGGAGAGCUGCUCUGUUCCGGCCUGAACGUGGUCGGCUUCACCUGGAUCGCUUCCCCUGCCGCCACUGAACUCGAAACCAUCGUCAUGGACUGGAUGGCCAACAUGCUCAAACUCCCAUCAACCUUCCUUUCCGGGCACCUCCGCUGCGGCGGCGGCGUUAUCCACGGCAGCACGUGCGAAGCGGUGCUCUGCACUCUCGCCGCGGCUAGAGAUAAGGCUUUGAGCAAGUGCGACGGCGAAGGGAUCACGAAGCUGACGGUAUACGUCUCCGACCAGACACAUUUUACGGUUCAGAAGGCGGCGAAGUUGGUCGGAAUCCCGGCGCGGAACUUGCGGGUGAUAUCGACCUCCGGGGAAACAGGGUAUGCGUUGACGGCGGAGAGUGUGAGGGCGGCCAUGGAUUCUGAUCUUGCGGCGGGGAUGGUGCCGUUGUAUUUGUGUGGCACGGUGGGGACGACGGCUGUGGGGGCGGUGGACCCCAUAAGGGAGAUCGGNNNNGUUGCGAGGGAGUUCGGGGCGCGGUUUCACGUGGACGCGGCGUGUGCGGGGAGCGCUGGGAUUUGCCCUGAGUUCCGGCGGUUCUUUGAUGGACUGGAGACGGCUGAUUCCUUUAGCUUCAAUCCGCAUAAAUGGCUGCUCGCGAACAUGGACUGUUGUUGCCUUUGGGUAAGAUGUGCCGCGAAACUCGUAGACUCGUUAUCGAUCAAGUCGGAUAUAUUGACAAACAGUGCAAGCGAAGAUGGCGGUGUGAUCGACUACAAAGAUUGGCAGAUCGCACUGAGUCGUAGGUUUCGUGCAAUAAAGCUUUGGGGAGUCAUCAGGCGAUUUGGUGUGGCAAAAGAUAUUGAUGAGGAUGGGGGGAGGAAAUGUUGGGAGAUGAACAGGAGGUUGCUUGAUUCGGUGAACGAAAGUGGGCGGGCAUUCAUGACCCAUGCGGUUGUUGGCGGGCAAUUUGUGCUGCGUUUUGCGGUUGGCACCACGUUGACGGAGAAACGGCAUGUGGAGGAGACAUGGAGGUUCAUUCAGGAGAAGGCCAGUGAGUUGUUAAUGAUGACAAAGGACUUGGGUGGUUAUAAUCUCAAAACACUCCAAGUUUAA